AUGUGGAGCAGUUGGUUCUGGGAGGGCGGCAGCCUCAAGCUCUGGCAGUUGUUGCUCGCGGCGGGCUUGGCCAUCAGCGCCCUCGCGAUCGUUCCCGCCACGUGCGCGGCGCAUUACCAGCGGCGAGGAAGGAGUUUCUGUGAAGGCGGCGCAGACGGCGAGUCCGACGAGGAGGUCGAGGAGCCCCUCAUGGCUUCCUUCUCGGAGGCGCUGAAGCAGGGCCCCUUCCAGUCCUGCGCCGCGCCCGCCUCGAGCCCCGUGCAGCACGCGCGGACCGGCGGCUCGACGCCUGGGGCGCCCCUGCGCCCGGUGGUGGCAACCGCGCCCGCCGCCACGCCACCGCUGUACGCGUGCCAGCUGCCGCCGGUCCACAUCGCGCGCGUCACGAGCUUCUCGCAGCAGGCCUGCGCGCAGGCCGACGGGUGCAGCUACAAGCCGCUGCAGUGA